CUGGCUCAGGAAUGUUGGCAUCAAGUAUGCAGUCCUGACAGACAGCUGCACUGCAGUGGCGUUUUUAACAUGCCACACCAGGACCCAAGCGUGCUGGAGGCGCUGAAGAAAAUCAGAAAGGGCAGCAUUACAAAAAGAGAAAAUGAUAGGAAAAUGUUUGUUCAUUUGAUUGACUGUGGGGAGUGGGGAGAUACAGAUGAAUCAUCGGUUUGAAUUUGCUCCAAGAGGUCAAAAAAUUACAUUUUAGAAAAAAAAAAAAGUUUACAAAACGCAUUUAAUUCUGGUUUUACUCUUAUAAACCCCUCAAAUGUCACAUGACAGUCCAAAGAAGGCGCGCAGCCUGUUUAACAUGAGGGGAAAGCUGCACUGAUUGAACCGGUCUCUUACUGACUCACUUUACUUUGAAAUGUGCUGCUCGUUAACCUGACACGUUCACCUUCCUCAAUUACCCCUUUGUCCCCACGUGUGUAGUGUUAUUUCUACCCUCAGCCAUUUCACCUCAUCACACACACACCACACAGUAUUCAUUACAUUAGGCGUAUCCUGAUCGGCCGCUUGUCCUGUUUAUUUUGUGAAUGUUCCGCCCCGCCCUGCAGACGCGCUGAUCUCCACGCAGUUGCGUAAUUUGACAAGCCAGCGCAAAAACAGGGAGAAUGAACGCUUGACAGCUGCCUCUUUGCUCGUGCAGAUUGUUUCGAAACAAAAGAAUCCCUAUGCUGAAUUUAUUUGUUAAAGAUUUCGGAUAGUUAGACAGUACCUCCGCUUUUAUGGCCGCUGCCGUGAGGAAUAAUGUUUGGGUUGCUCCGGGGCAGGACGCGCAGUUUCUCUGUAGACCCCCCGCACCACUGACAGCCGACGGUCUGAGAGGUGAAGAUCAUGGACAAGUGCUCUGUAGCACGAGGGAUGCCAUCCCGGGAACUUCCUCUUUUAAUGAUUAUAAUUCGGGAAAAUCAGAGAUGGACAGCUACCUGUCUCCACAGGAAAUAGUAAAUUCCAAAAUGUUGUGCAGGGACGGCGCUCUGAUGCUAGAGCCGCCUUUCACCGAAGACUUUGCCUCGCCUUACAGCGUCAACAUGAGCCUGCUCCUUCCUGACGUCACAUACCUGCACCCCGGCCUCUGCAGGGCUGUGAGACAGAUCAAAACAGAGCCAUCACACUCUCUGAUGCACACCACCUGUCAGGCCAACGCGGUGCCACCGACACUCCCAGAAUAUCCAGGUGUUUUCAGUGCAGCCGAUACCUCGAACGGUAACUUUUUCAUCAAGCAAGAAGUGCCAGAUUUCCAGGAUGUUCCCCUGUUUCAGCUUUUGAACUCUGACUUGGAGCAGCUCGUUCAUGGGUCGCAGUUGAACUCCAUUACCAUGGCCCCGCUAAGUCUUCCAGUAGGAAACGUCCAUGUUGGCCCGGCGCAGAAUUCUGCCAAACUAACCAACAGUCCUCAAAAUGAAUGUCUUCCACACGUAGGCCUGCAGCAGAGGCCAACCUAUUUGCCACCUUCUCCGCCGAACUCCAUGCCCUCAAGUCCAGACAGGGUGAAGGAGCUCCUUCACAAUCUGUCCCCACCUCCCUCCUACGAAGCCAGCAUCGCCUCUAAGUUAAAUUUUCAGACCCACAAUACUGUUGAUCCGGGACAGGCCUCUAGUGUAGUUCCAACCCAAAGUUCAGACCAGAAUUCCAACGUAGGAUUGGUCCAAAGCCCAGGUCCUGUGCCGGUCCAGUGUCCAACCCUGACGCCAGUUCAGACAACACCGCGUGUUGGCCCGCUGUCCCCAGUGCUGGCCCAGUCUGCCCCAUUUAAGAACAACAGAAGGAAUAAUCCUGAUCUGGAGAGACGACGGAUUCACCACUGUGAUGUUCCAGGUUGCAAGAAAGUGUACACCAAGUCUUCUCAUUUAAAAGCCCAUCUACGGACCCACACAGGAGAGAAGCCGUACCAGUGCUCCUGGGAGGGAUGUGAGUGGCGCUUCGCCCGUUCUGAUGAGCUGACUCGCCAUUUCAGGAAACACACUGGGGUGAAGCCUUUCCACUGUGGUGUGUGCAACCGCUGUUUCUCCCGCUCUGAUCACUUGGCCCUACACAUGAAGAGACACCAGAGCUAGAACCCCGCUCCCGCAAGUCAAGUCAGUCCUUUUAUUUUCCAGUAAACACGGACUUACAUAUCAGCGAGUAAACAAACUGAAAACUGUGGAUUAUUCCGCUCACUCUCCAAUGGAGACAUUCUUAGCAGUGCUGGCCCACAAGUAAAUUUUUCUGUAAUGUAAAAAGAUCAAAUAGUACUGUUGCCUUAUUUUAUUUCCACAUGUACGUCCCAAUAUUAAGGGACAUUUUCAAAGUUGUCAGUCGAAAAUAAUUUGCUAAAUGUAAUAAUUAAAUUGUAUUUAAUCUUUUAUUAUAUAUUGUUGUACUACAAAGUCCAACAAAAUGGGCCUUGAAAGAGGCUUAACAAUAUUUUCACUUUCAAGUUUUUCAGUGUACAUAUCACUUCAACAAUGUUAAGUCAUUUAUUUAAUUAAAUAAACUGCCAUACUGUAAGUGGAAGUGGAAGGUCAGAAAGUUGUUUUAGGAAGUUGUUUUAGCCUGAUGGUCAAAGGACUCAUAGUGUGUUUGUGUGUGUCUGCACGUAAUAUAGAAAGUAACAAGCGGUGGAUCUACUGAAAGACCCAGUAAGAGGAAGAAAUAUCAGGAUGAGCACUAAACCAUGUGGUGAGCGCAGUGUUUACAGCAUGACUUCAGCACUGCCAGAUUUCUGCCAAUGAGGAUAUCUUUACUCAUUAAAAAACCUCUAUUUGCUCAUAACACUGAAAUAAAAGGAAGACAGUGGCUAUGGGAGUCAUUCGGACAGCAUUAUGAAUGUUCUUUCUUUACUCUGCUGUAUUGUAACGUAGAUGUGGUCAUUACAGAAUGUGUUCAGUGACUUGUCAUGAUGUGUCAUUUUUAUUUAAUUACAGAAAAAGGUUAUAAACUUAUUUCGUCCUGCGUUAACUUCAGUCACACUGCGAUAUCUCAUUUCACGCUGAGGGUGGUUUAAGAGAAGUGCUCCAAGAAAAUUUACAGCAGCUUUGACUAUGAGACAUUUCAGCAGCAGGUCAGACUUAUUUUCCUUCUUCUGGAAGUUGUUACAGGGGACAAAUCGAGACUUGUUCAUCCCGACUUUGUUUUGAUAGCACAUUUUGUGUCUAAGCAUUAGGUAUCUUCUGACAGGAUUACAGCAUCGUGUUACUGAUGAUCUGUACGUGGUUUCAAAGUGAUGUGUGUGAGCUUCAGAUGUUUUUUUAAGAUUUAGACUGAGGAGAUGCUAGUCUGAACAUCUGUGUAAGCCUUUUGUCUCUUUGACUACUGUCCAGGUAUGUGAACACCUUUUGAAAGUGCCUUCAACUGCUUUUUUUUUCUUUUCUUUUCUUUUGAGUGAAUGAAAAACAAAUCUGCCCUGUUGGGACAAUGUUCUUUUAUCUGAUACUUUAUUCUCCGAAAAUUAUUUAUGACCAAGUCUGAGUGAAUUUGAGUUGGGCAGGUUGAAUAAAAUUGAUUUUUGAGGCCACUAUAA